AUGAAGCCUCUUGGAGAGCACCAGGAGCGGAAACAGGUAUGGCGGAGCGCGCGCGCGCACGUAGCAAGCCAUGACCGUGGCCAAAGUAAGGAUAUAGAGCGCCGCAAACAGGAUCUGGCCGAAGGCAAUAUCGCGACCCUCAUCCGUCACGCCAUGCAGGAAGGAGUAUAUGUAGACGUGGGCAGCCGGGUAGACGAGGGGGCCCGUGGACCCCUUGAUGGCGGUAUAAUCACGUUCGCCGGCAUGGUAGAGCGAGACCUGCUGCAUAUACGUUGUCCAAUCGAUCUCUGUGUCUGUUGUUCGGAUCGAUCUCUCAGUCUUGUUGUGCACGAAUUGGAGGGGAAUAAUAAAAGGACAAGUAUGCAGGAGCUCAACUGGGUAUGCAUGGAGUACGGAGUAAUACUCACAAGGGAUCUUCCAGAUGAUGAGGCCGCAGAGGACCGCAUCCGCAAGGACGAGCAGCGGCGCGAUCCAUCGUGUAUGCUUCGGGUUCCUGCAAAGGUCGGUUACCAAUUGAUACAAAUCCAUUGCUGCGACCUGGACAUGAUUAUUCCGUAUAAUGCUGUUUAUCAGCAAGGUGGCUUGUCAUCCAACUUUAGUUCCCUGCAGGCCGGCGGCUCGGGUCGGCGCCUCGGGCAGCACCUCCAGCUGAAUCGGGUAAUCGUCACUGCGCAAGACUUUGGUGAAGGAGGUUUCUACUUAGUAGUGAUUUAA